UGCUAGCCUUAGCCAACCUCAGUUAAUUUGAUAACACUGACAAAGCAUCUUGAAUUUGGUGAUCUUACUAAACUUACCCUACAGGYAACAAAGUGUGCCACGAGAAAUGGUUUGGUCCUUCAUGCAUAAMAUACUGCUCUCCAGGCUCUAAAAUGCGUUGUGAUGAAAAUGGCAACAAAUUUUGYCUUGUGGGGUGGUAUGGAGAGCAUUGUGACAGGCAAUGUGUUCCAAGUGAUGAUGACGUUAAGGGACAYUAUAAUUGUAGUAAMAAUGGAACAAGGGUCUGUUUUCCAGGAUGGGCUUCACCUGAUUGUAAGAYAUGCCAGGAAGGGUUUCUUCCUCCAAAUUGUCAACCACUGUGUAUACCUAAGAGCAACCCACAAGAUGGUCACUUCGCUUGUGAYAAAGAAAACAACAAACAGUGCUUGAUGUGGUGGUAUGGGAACAGAUGUCAAACAUACUGCGUACCCCACAACGAUGCCAUAAGUGGACAUUAUACGUGUGAUUCCAUGGGAAGAAAGCAAUGUAUUCUGGGUUGGUAUGGGUCAAACUGUACAAAAUCUUGUCACAUAAAUUUUAACAUCAAUGAAUGCAAGGAAUAUACAAAGUUAUGCACAAGUGGRUCUACAUUGCCAAGCUGUAAUAAGUGUUUACCUGGUUUCUAUGGAAGCAACUGCUCUCUAUCAUGCGUCAAACCUGAAGCUAUCAACACAUCCAACAUUCUGUGCAAUAUAAAUGGAAAACAGAUAUGCGGGAAGUGGUGGAAUGGACUUGAGUGUGACGUAUAUUGUGUCCCUCACGAUGAUGACUUCAAUGGUCAUUACAUUUGUGAUAUGAAUGGCAGAAAGAGGUGCCUUCUGGGAUGGAGUGCCCCUGRUUGUAAAGAACGAUACACUGUGUUUGACAGCCCACAGUAGAUACUUUUAAAAAAGGUUUCAUUAGUCUGAUGUGACAUUUAGAUGAAACUUUAAUUUUUAUGUAACAACUCUUUAUUAAGAAAUGAUUAAUUGGUUAAUAGCAUGAGAAACUGCUGAUGGUGCAAUAUCAGCAUCUGACAUCUAUGUAUCUUAAACUAGUUAUAUUAUUCA